AUGGUGAACCGACGCAGCGGAUUAGGAUACGAAAAUGGAGAACUCUCAAACGGUAACCCCAACCUAACCCAAAUCAUGCAAGCAUUCAUCGCUGCUUUGAACACUAACCGUCAAAACCAAAACCACGAUGACGGACCUAUGACCCGAACUCAAGCAAUGAACAAGUUCUGUAAACGCCGACCCCCAACCUUCCACGGAGACACCAAUCCCUUCGUGGCCGAGACAUGGCUAAAUGAGGUCAAGAUGAUCCUUAGAACCUUAGGAAUCACCCAGGACGGAGACCGUGUGGCCUUGGUUACAUACCAAUUGAAGGGAGAAGCCCGCUAUUGGUGGGAUCUGAUGGAGGCGACCCAUGACAUUGCCACCAUGACGUUUGCCGAGUUCAAAACCCUGUUUCUCGAUAAGUAUUUUCCCACACCCCUUCGCCUAGCCAAGGAACAAGAAUUCCUGAACCUGAAGCAAGGAACGUUGACCGUCACCCAGUACGCGGCCAAAUUCGAAGAACUGUCCCGCUUCGCCCUAACCUCCAUACCAACCGAAGACAAGAAAGCCAGAAGGUUCGAGUGGGGGCUGACGACUGCUCGAAAGGCUGUGGUAGCUCAAGCCUUCGCCACCUAUGUUGAAGUGGUGAAGUGUGCACUCCGGCUAAAGAGCGAGGAAUUGGACUUCAAAACUCGAUGGAGGAAAGCUACUGACGGCACUGGUGGACCAAUCCGAACCCAACCACCCAACGACAAUCGUGGACCCUACCCCACCAAAUCUUCUAACCCGUCUCUAAGCACCCAACCCUGGAGGACUGCUAUCCCCGAAAGUGGCAAACCAAAGAGAGGCGGUCGAGACAUAGCGACAGUUCAUUGUUUCAACUGCCAGGCUAUGGGUCACUAUAAGUGCGACUGCCCCCAACUUCAAAGAGGAAGGAAUGGAAGCUUUGGAAACCAGAAAGCUCAACAACCUGGACAGGCCGGUUUUGUGAAGCAAAACCCUGAAAGUCCAUCGCAGCAGCAGAAUGGGCAGAACAAGGGAAGGCAGCCCAUGGGAACUCAGCAGAGUGCUGGAGGGCGUAUCUUUACGCUGUAG